AUGAGAAGUGGAAAGUUGAAGAAUUCAAUUAAACUAAAUUAAAUUAAAUAAAGAAAUUUCACUUUUAUCGUCUGAUAAACACAAAGUUUAUUAAAUUCAUUAAUGUUAUUAUUUCAAUUCAAAUUCUAAAAGCUUAGAUAUAAAUGACGAUUUACGGAAGGAAAAAUGAAUCGUAAUUUACUGUUGUAGACAUUUUGUACGACGUGUUACGCCAAGGUCAUUUAAAUUUUUACAUCAUAGUAUAAUAUCAAAUAAUUACGGUCAAGAACGAAUAGAAGUAUCAUCUAAAUUUUUUUCAUUUCUUACCCCUGAGCGGUGCGUCCAUUAUUCAUUCAUUACUAGCACAUGCACUCGCCGUUAUAGCUUUCUAGAGGAUCAUUUUGCUUCAAUAUAAUUUAGUGGAUGAUAUAAACGUCUGGAAAGGAAUUACGAAGAGCUUUGCUUGCUACGUUACUGACACGAGAUCAGGUUUAUGAAAUCGAUAAAUAAUAUUAAGCUUCGUGGCUUUUUUUUAUAUUUCCUGUGCUUUCUGUAAGAGCUUCUUACGUGGCUAAUUGAAAUUAAAAACAUGUAAUUAAAAGUUUACCUAUGAUUUUAUAAUCAGAUGCUCUGGUCUUCACCUGCUCGACGUCCCAAUUUCGUCGUUUUCUACGUUAAUCGAUUUUUUUCGAAAUAUUCAUUAAAAAGCAAAUUUAUUUAUAAUAUAUUAAAGAAGUAUUACUUUAUUCUCAUAUUAUUCCAAAAUAUAUUAAUCGUUUCGUCAUAAAAAUUUGAAUCAAACAUGAUGUUCGAAAACUUUGUACAUUUUAAUAAUGAAAGUGAUCGAUUUAUUUAAAUAUUGUUACAAAUUGAAAAGAGAAAAAUAAAAAUCAAUAAGUCAAUUUAAUCGAUAUUUAAUCGGCAAAUUAACGUUACAAAAAGGAGAUAGGCCGAACAAAGGCGUUUAAUAUAGAAAUUAGUAUAAACAUUAAAAUGUCGUCACCAGUUGUUAUCGUUGCGUAACAAAUAAAAGGUACAAAAUUAGGUAGACGAUGUAUAUUACUAAGGAAGCGAGCAGAACGGUGUCACCGAGCACUUAUGUGCUAAGGUGCUUCGUGGUAGUGACGAUGAUCGCUGCUGCUGCAACAUUUCUACAUUUAAAUAAUUAUAAGCCGAAACAAACUUUCUUAUCCUGUGACAGACCAUGUCAUCAUUUAGAUUGGCCAAUGAUUUGUCGGGUGAAACUUACGUUGGAAGUGUUCCAAUCGCUCAGCAAAUCAUGUGGAAAUUGCUUAUCGAACGAGACCGCUUGUCUGGCUAAUAAUUGUGUAUCAGCGGAUGGACAAAGGCGGGCUAUUAUGACGGCGAAUCGACAAAUGCCAGGACCCAGUAUACAGGUUUGCGAGAACGAUAUCUUAGUAGUGGACGUAGUUAACAAACUUCCAGGUAAAGCGGCAUCGAUACAUUGGCGUGGUCAAUCCCAAAUUGAAACACCCUGUAUGGAUGGUACGCCGUUGGUAACGCAGUGUCCAAUACCAAGCUAUACCACUUUUCAAUACAAGUUCCGAGCGUCAGCUGCUGGCACACAUCUAUGGCAUGCACAUGCAGGUGCCGACAUAACGAAUGGCGUUUUUGGAUCGUUGAUAGUCCGACAAGCAGAUAUUCGCGAUCCUCAACGUGCUUUUUAUGAUGUCGAUGACCCGAACCACGUGAUACUAGUUACGCACUGGCAGCAUUCUCCGGAAAUGUCACUCGAUCAUGGUCAUACAAAGCCAGCGAUACUUCUCGUCAAUGGUAAAGGACGGCAGAUGAAUGGACCAAAAGUUCCUUACACGACGUUUACCGUCGUUCCCGGACGACGUCAUCGUUUUCGAGCUGCCAAUGCUGGCGGCGCUGGAUCUUGUCCCAUUACAAUUUCUAUUGAUAAUCAUUCUCUUUACUUGAUAACUUUGGAUGGUCAACCUAUCGAACCUCGAUACGUUACAUCGAUUACUUUAGCAAAAGGCGAGAGAGCAGAUUUCAUAUUAAAAGCGAGCAAAAAGAUCUCCUCUUAUUGGAUGAACGUAAAUACGCCAAAGAAAUGCGGAACAAGUCCUGUUUAUGGUGCUGCAAUUGUAAAAUACAAAGGGAGUCCUGUGGAUCGUUUACAAAGUACUCAUUCUGACGAUAUUACGGUCGAUCAAAGCGAAGAUCAGGAAAUGGAGACGAAUCGAAUCGCGAUGACGACCGUUUACGAUGAUAUUACAUGCAACAAUCCUGAGAAUCUUUGUAUCAACGAAAUUCGAGGAAUGCGUAAAAUGCCAAAAUCUCUUACUACCAAAACCGAUAUGACCAUUUACCUACCGAUUAAUAACGUGAUCCAGUCAACCGAUUCAGUAGAAGAUGCCGGCGUUGAUAUAAAAUCCUUAAAUGUGAACAAUGUUACGUUCACUUAUCCUUCGUCACCGUUAUUGACGCAAAGCGGUGACAUACCGAAAGGCUUGCUGUGCACGGGAAAGGACGAAGACGAUCAUAAUGAGAACAACGAAACUGCGUCUUCCUCCCGAAAUUGUCACAAUGGUAAUGGAGAAGCCAACGAAACGUGCGAAUGCGUUCAUAUACGUUACAUUCCUCUCGGAGCGACUAUGGAAAUAAUUCUCUUGGAUCAAGCUGGAAUGAACGAUCUUGUUUACCAUCUACACGGAUACAACUUUUACGUUGUCGGAGUUCAAAAAUUUGGUAGAAGCAUGUCUCUGGAUGAUGUUAAGCAUCUUGACAGGAAGGAAUUACUUUUCUUCCGUAAUUUGGAUUGUGCACCGUCGAAAGACACAAUAACAGUGCCAAAAUUUGGCGCUGUCGCUCUCAGAUUUAAAGCUAAUAAUCCUGGAUAUUGGAUGCUGCGAGACGAACACGCUGUCGAUUGGACCCGUGGCCUCGAUGUUAUCCUACAAGUUGGUCAACCUAAUGAGAUGAUAGCAGCGCCACAAGAUUUCCCAAAAUGUGGCUCCUUCAUCGGACCCGACUACUUUCUGAUAUAGACCACUUUAUAUUUCAUUAAUAAACGAUUUGUAAAUAAUUGUAUAUAAUGUAAAAUGAAAUGUUCGCUGCUGGGAUAAUAUUAUUUUU